AUGGCCAUGAAAAUCAGCCCUUAUGUUGGGCCAAGAAAGUACACUGGUGAACUUAUCGGAGUAGAGUAUCUUUACCAGCAAACUGGUAAAGUUCUGCAGGACUACAGGUUGGCCAUUGAAGAGUCUGAGACCACUGAGGUUGCUAUAGAGGUGGAGGAAACUUAUGAUGAACUUGAGGAGUUUCAAGACAUCACUGUCCCCACCUUUGACACAGAGCGGAUACCUUCUGCUGCUUCACAAGCAUCAGUGUCUGCAGCAUCAUCUUCAACCCCUCCGGCAACCAGACCCAAGUCAUCACUGUAUGUGUCACCAGUGAGAUCUCCUGUCACCAGCUCUACGUCAUCACUGUCUGUGGUCCCUCCAGUACCAGUCACAUCUUCUGUUUCCAGCUCACUGCACACUCAGCCAGCACUAUCUCCUGGCGCACAUAGCUCCCCAGGUAACCAAGGGUCCACAGAAACUGACCUUCCAACAUCUGAAGAGAACCCUUUGCAUGAUGAUUGUGUUGGACCCGAUAAUAUUGAAGGUUAUGGAGCUGUGCAGGACUUGGCAGAGUAUUUGUUCAACCUUAGAGAACACCGUCUGGCCUUAACUGGAGAAGAGUCUGAUCAAAUCAUCAACCUAUGGCAGGCAUUGGGGGAGUUUGAUAAGAAAAAGACCACUUACUCGCCACGUCACCAAACCAACCUAAAACAGGGACGAUUCAGGGCCAGUAAGAAGAAUGUGGCACCAGGUGUGGAGAGCACCAGAAGGUGUUUCGUUGGGAAUCGUAGUCCUGCACAGAGGCCUGACUGCAACAGAGUGGUGGAGGGCAUCUUCAUAAGGCUCUGUGCUCUCUACCAAAACGCGGUGCGUGAUAAUGGAGAGAGGGUCACCCGCUUCACAAUGAUUGCACGGGUCUACAGACAUAUCCGAGAGUGCAUCCUCACCAAUGAUAGGGUGAUGAGAGAAACCACCAUCCAGCUUCCACAGAUGAACGCUAAAACAAUCUCAGACUGGUUCUCCAAGCGUGACAAGUCACAGGAUGUGGGGGUUACAAAGCAGGGUAUCAAUUUCCCAGAUGCACCCAUGGCUGGACCUGAGAAGCUUCCUGCGGCUUUGCAGAAAGGGCCGAACCUAUUUCCAGGGAGCUUGGCUGAGCCUCACCUUUUUGUCCUGCCAAGAAACACUGCUGGGGAGGCAAAACUCAAGAGGAGGUCACAACCUCCAGCCAUCUCCCAGGCACCACCAUCACAUCAAAGACUCCCUAUCAUUGCACCAGCAAUACCCGUCUCUCUGCCUUUCAUUUUGCCCUCCCUGCAGCUUCCGACAGUUGUAGAUACAUCAUCUUCAGUGCCUGGAACUUCACAGGUGGUGUUCUUUAACGUACCUUUACCUUCUGCUAUGCCACCAUCAGCUCAGACACAAACAUCCAGUCAAGCUGUACCUUACUCCACUCAGCAGUACAGGAAGAGAAAACAGAUGAGGGAGGACACUGGAACUGUCACACGCAAAUAUGUGAGGAAGACAGAUGUUAUUCUUUGUAGAAAGUGCAACAAAGAGAGAAAGCCACCAUCACAUCUUCAGUACUUUGGCAACUGGUACUGCAAAGAGACUGAGACUCAGUCAUAUGCUGAAUGGAGGGCUGUGCUGGAGGGACGUGCACACAACAAGCCCAGAGGGUUCGCAAGGAUGACCCGUUGUAGUCGUGGCCGAGUGGUUAAGGCGAUGGACUUGAAAUCCAUUGGGGUCUCCCCGCGCAGAUGUUUCGUUGGGAAUCGUAGUCCUGCACAGAGGCCUGACUGCAACAGAGUGGUGGAGGGCAUCUUCAUAAGGCUCUGUGCUCUCUACCAAAACACGGUGCGUGUUAAUGGAGAGAGGGUCACCCGCUUCACAAUGAUUGCACGGGUCUACAGACAUAUCCGAGAGUGCAUCCUCACCAAUGAUAGGGUGAUGAGAGAAACCACCAUCCAGCUUCCACAGAUGAACGCUAAAACAAUCUCAGACUGGUUCUCCAAGCGUGACAAGUCACAGGAUGUGGGGGUUACAAAGCAGGGUAUCAAUUUCCCAGAUGCACCCAUGGCUGGACCUGAGAAGCUUCCUGCGGCUUUGCAGAAAGGGCCGAACCUAUUUCCAGGGAGCUUGGCUGAGCCUCACCUUUUUGUCCUGCCAAGAAACACUGCUGGGGAGGCAAAACUCAAGAGGAGGUCACAACCUCCAGCCAUCUCCCAGGCACCACCAUCACAUCAAAGACUCCCUAUCAUUGCACCAGCAAUACCCGUCUCUCUGCCUUUCAUUUUGCCCUCCCUGCAGCUUCCGACAGUUGUAGAUACAUCAUCUUCAGUGCCUGGAACUUCACAGGUGGUGUUCUUUAACGUACCUUUACCUUCUGCUAUGCCACCAUCAGCUCAGACACAAACAUCCAGUCAAGCUGUACCUUACUCCACUCAGCAGUACAGGAAGAGAAAACAGAUGAGGGAGGACACUGGAACUGUCACACGCAAAUAUGUGAGGAAGACAGAUGUUAUUCUUUGUAGAAAGUGCAACAAAGAGAGAAAGCCACCAUCACAUCUUCAGUACUUUGGCAACUGGUACUGCAAAGAGACUGAGACUCAGUCAUAUGCUGAAUGGAGGGCUGUGCUGGAGGGACGUGGAUGA